CGCCCUUCACUAAGGUUGAGCUGUGAUCUAAACUUCCUCUCUUUAGUCUCCUCCAUCGAUCAUACAAAAGAUGCCUGUGUGUCCAUCUGAACUAUGCGGUCAACGAAACACGAUCUUCUUCGACUCGCUCGAGGCGCUUAUGGGCCACGCCCACGAAAGUCGACCCCAACAUCCGCUCUGCGAUCCUUGUCAACGCGUUUUCAAAGACAAACUCUCUCGUCAACAACACAUGGAUGCGAAACACGUUGUCCACUGCGAUAAAUGCGAUCGCAAAUUUUAUUCCCCGAGCGCACUUGAAGCACACUUCCGAGCCUCAAAAGAGAAUAUACAUCCCAAGUGCCGACGGUGCAACGCAGGUAUGAGGGACAGUACCGCUCUCGCCACCCAUAUGCAAGUCGAACAUACUCGCGUCCGGUGCUGCGAGAUGCCGAUGUUCAAGGACGAAUUGCCAGACCAUUACCUCAAGUGGCCUGCACAUCCACACUGCGAAGAGUGUAAAGUCGGCUUUGAAAGCCAGGCUGGCCUUGACGAGCAUAACAGAGUGAGGCACUCGGUCAAUCCGCCAACAUGUUCCAUUUGCGAGAAACCAUUCCAAUCGGUAGAAGAAGUGGAAUAUCAUGUUGAUGUGGUGCACCCGGUCGUCCCAGUCCAGCCGACUUGCUCUAUCUGCGACAAACGGUUCCGAUCUGAAGAGGAACUCGGACGCCACAUGCAGGAAAUUGGCGUUCACCGACGGUGCGAAUGGUGCUCUAGACAGUUCAAGGACAUGUCUGCGGUCAUUGAGCACUCCACCAUUGAGCAUAUGUCGCCCAAGGCGAACACGCCUACCGCCACUUCGAGUGAAAGCUCGAGAAAUCCGGGUGCCCAAACACCUCGCGCCAACCCAGCACUCCAACCAAGCACCCCACGAACGUCCACUCUUCCAUCCCGCGUCACAAACGGUAUCUCUGCCAUCGGCUCCGAGCGACGUCCUUUGGUUCCCACGUCAGUUACGCGUCCAGAACCGGUCCGAUCUGGCUCAGCACAAUCCUACUUCGAACCCUCCCUCCCUACCCCUGCUCCCGCACCUGCACGACCACUGGCACCCAUGGCGCCAUCGAGAUCAACGACAACGACAAUGACAACGACACGUACGGCCAUGAACCUCACGCCACCUAAGCCCGAGAGACCAUCACAUCGCCGCCCGGACUCCACCAUCACCAACAGCCUCCAACACGGCUCCAGUACUAGUGGUACGAGUACGACUCCUGCCGCACCAAACCGCUACGACCGCUCCCUCGCCCGAACGUUCGACUUCAGCGCCAGCCCCACCACGACGAUUUUCCAGGCCAGCGACUCGGCCGGGAGCGGGUCUCGUCCGUCUUCGACUUUGCCCACGCCUAGAGGCUGGGCUAUGCCUGGUCCUGGCUAUGGCUACGCCUUGGGGUCGGAACGUACGAUCGUCGAUGUGGCGAGCAUGCACGCGACAGCUGGCCCCGCCACAACAGUCACACCCGCGCCAACCUUCGCUACCGUCGCCGCCACGUCGAAUGGGAACGGAAACGGGCAUAUUCGUGGGGUGUCUAACGACUACGGCCGUGUUGUGAUGCCUUCUCCGUCGACGUCUGAGUAUUCGGAUGUGGAUGUGACGGAUUGGGUGAGGCGCACUACUCAGGGUGGCCGCAGCGUUAGCAAUCCUACCAUCACGAACGCUGGUACUCCCGAGCGUGACCUCGCCAGCAAUACGAAUGUCAACGGCAACACCACCCCGAACGGCAAGCGCGUCCCCACCCAACUCUUCGAAACUCCACCUUCUUCGACACUGUAUCCCUACCGUAUCGAGCAAACCCCGCCUGCCAUGCAUGCGCACUCGCACUCGUAUCCUACCUACGAACAGAACGGCAACAACAACGUUCAUGGCGGGCUUACAAGCGGACCUUCCUCCCCUCCUGCAUCAUCCCGCUCAAAACACUCCUUCGCCGAGACCCCAUCCGGAGACCUCUCGAAUCAUAAUCUCUUGAACGGAAGCCCGCUGCAGCCGAUGAGGGACGUCAUGGGGCUCGGUCCUUCUACUAUGACUUCGAUGUCGGCUGCUAUGAACAUGAACACUCGCGGCGAUAUUGCUGCCGCCAUGGCCAUGUUAAACGACGAUAACGCAGCGAGGAACGGGAGUCCUGCCGCGAAGGGCGCAGCUGGCACUGGUGUCACUCCCAUGUUGAGUCGCACUGCGAAUGGUGGUCCUGGGUCGGCCGGGACCAAUCGAAGCGCUAUUACAGCCACUCGCUUGCCUACGUUUUUUGACGACGACGAUGACGAUGGAGAGGAUGAAGACGAUCUUGGUGUACCGCUGGAGGACUCGCCGAAAUCGCAGAUUCGGGUCUUGGGUCCCAGUCCGGAGCGUCAGACUCAGAGUGCGGGGUUGAAUGGGUCGGGGAAGAAUACGAGGAGGAAAAGCGGACCGUCUUUGCCUUCGUUCCAUUGUAGGUUGUGUUUUAGCGACCCGUGCGAGGAACCGACGGCGACUGUUUGUGGACAUAUUUUCUGUAAUCGGUGUAUUGUGGAGGAAGUUAAGAGGAAGCCGGUUUGUCCUGUGUGUCGGACAACGGUGCUUUUGUUUGCCAUGUUGAAGCUCGAUGUUGUUGAUGUGUAGAUCGCUUCAUUCGGGUUUAAAGCCAUGAUUUUUCGUACACUCGUAAGAAGUCUAACACCAUCUUGCCGAUUGUUGCUUCGGUAGUCGAAACAGAGUCACGGUGGCUCUGUUUCUUUUGUUUGUUUGUGUGGCGCCGUGGGCCACAACUACGUGUAAACUUCUAGAGUGUAUACCUACAUUAUCUUGCUGCCUCACUCAUUUGAAUGUUUGCUGGAUACC